UAGCCUAAACGCAUUAUUCUUUGGUCCAAUUUUCAUUUUCUUGUUUUGGAAGAGAGGCUUUAGCUAGAGAUAGGUGAGCUAUCAAUUCAUGAAGACAAGUCCAGGGUUGUAUGGCUAGUGUGAGGACAAGCAUUCCCUCCUUGAGCUCCCAUUUCAAGUUUUGUCCUCUUCUCGAUCAAAGUGCUCCACAUAGCUGUACUGAGACUUGCCGUUACUAAUUAUAUAUACUUCCAAAACAAACAGAUGAUCAUCAUCAUCAUCAUCGUGUUAUAAUAAACACACUUGAGCCUUUCUCUUGCGUUGUAGCCAAUUAAAAAGAACCACCGCUCCGUCUUGAUGAUGUGUUGUGCCUUCAUUGGCUCACACACCAACAAUAAUUAAUGAUUUGGUGACUAAGUACUCCCUUCUGCCUGUCCUUCAAAAACAAAGCACCAAAAACUUCUGGUCAAUUCCUCAUGAAUUAUGAUCAUAUUUUCCAUCCCCUCAUCCUAACUACCGCUUACCCCUACCCCUACCCCUACUACCCAUUUUAUAAAUCUACAUGCUAGGGUUAGGGUUAAUAUAUAUAUUCCCCAACUAUAAAUUAAUUGUAUAUACUAUACAGACAUACAGCAGUUUAGCUAUCCCGUUUUCUGUGUUGGUUUUGGAUCCAAUGAAGAACUGAAAGGAAGGAGAGAAGGACUAAUCCCAGACUCAGUGUUGUGGUAGGGAAAUCGAGGGAAUUGGUUAGGGUUUGUGGCGAAGAUGAAAAAGAGGCAAGUGGUGGUGAAAAGAGAAUAUGGGACGUCAUCUUCUGCGGUGGGGAACAUAAGAUACGGUGAGUGCCAGAAGAAUCAUGCAGCGAACACGGGAGGUUACGCUGUGGAUGGUUGCAGGGAAUUCAUGGCCAGCGCCGGAGAAGGAUCGAGUGCGGCGCUCACGUGUGCUGCUUGUGGCUGCCACAGGAACUUCCACAAGAGGGAAGUACUGCACGUGCACGGCGUCAACUGAUGAACAAGUACGUUGUUCUUGUCUCAGACUCCCACUGAGUUCAUUCUUAUUGCUCUCCUUCUAAUUCUGCUCCUUCAUUCGUAUCUACAGUGAGAAACAAAAAUAGAAACACCAAAUAUAUAUAUAUAUAUAUAUAUAUA